UUCAUCGAAAGAUUUCACCACAAAACUGAACGUGAAUACGGAGGCAAGGACUAAACAAGACCCUUUGCCCAGAGGACCUUCGUCUUCCAGCCCCGACAUGACGUGGUUAAAGAACAUCGCUUCCGGUUCCUAUGUUUUCGCGCAAUGACUUCAACAUCUGGUCAGUACUAAAGAAUUGCAUCGGAAAGGAACUUAGCAAAAUCACGAUGCCGGUUGUGUUUAAUGAACCACUAAGCUUUUUGCAGCGUAUGACCGAGUAUAUGGAGUACGCAAAAUUGCUACGAGUGGCUUCCGAGCAGGCUACUCCGUUGGAGCGAUUGAAGUACGUCUCCGCGUUCGCCGUCUCAGCGCUGGCCUCCAACUGGGAGCGCCUUGGGAAGCCGUUCAAUCCGUUACUGGGUGAAACGUACGAACUCACUCGUUCUGAGUUUCGUAUCAUAUGCGAGCAGGUAUCCCAUCAUCCACCGAUAUCCGCAUUCCAUGCCGACUCGGAAAGUUUCCGAUUCCAUGGUUCGAUUCAUCCGAAGCUUAAGUUUUGGGGUAAAAGUGUCGAAAUACAACCGAAAGGUGUCGUGACAGUGGAGUUCCCAAAGCUCAAUGAAGCUUACUCCUGGAGCAAUGUGAACUGCUGCGUACACAACGUGAUCGUUGGCAAGCUGUGGAUCGAACAGUACGGAAUGAUGGAGGUCGUUAGCCACCAGCAUGGUCUGAAGGCCACACUCAACUUUAAACCCUCCGGGUGGAACAACAAAGAUUUACACCGCGUGGAGGGAUACAUCACGGACCGGAACAAACGCAAAACGCAUUUUCUCUACGGCAAAUGGACGGAGUUCAUCAAGUGUACGGACUACGUUUCGUACGAGGAAUACAUCAAGGAAAAUGCUCACAAAUUUAAACGUAACGCCGACGAACGCAGCAAGAGUCCCAACGAAUCGCCGGGAAAUACUCCUCGCAAAGUGCUGUCCAAACUGAACAGCUUGAAGAUGAGCUCUUUCAAAAGUCUUUCGAUACAAGAGCCGGACGACCCACCGGAACCAUCAGAAGGAGAUAUUCCCAAGAGUGAUUCCACCUAUUCGAUCGAUAUUCCAAACUCUGUCACACUUUGGGAAGCCGAAUCACGUCCACCGAAUACGGCCGAGUACUACCAAUUCACCAACUUUGCUAUGUCCUUGAACCAGCUGGAGGACCACAUGAAGCAACCUCGUGCACUGUGCCCGACGGAUUCCCGUCUCCGGCCUGACAUCAGAAAACUAGAGCAGGGCGAUAUGGAUGGUGCGGCUGCUGAGAAGACGCGACUUGAAGAAAAACAGCGCGAAAAUCGCAAGAAAAGCAAAAAAGGAGGACAAGAGGAGCUGGUGAUCUUUCCCCGCUGGUUCAACCAGAGCGUCAAUCCGCACACGAAGCAGGAAGAUUGGAUCUACAAGGGAGGCUAUUGGGAUCGAAACGAUGACAAUCUGGAACUGGAUAUAUUUUAAUUGCUCUUCCAAGCUAUGUAACGGCAUACUCCAUGUAACGAGAUAAGAAUACAAAAGGCCCAAAAGCGAUCCUCUACCACUAUCCUUGAAACAAUCACGGCCAUUUUUCGUUCCAUUUCAGGCAGUCAGAGCCAAGCAUAAUGAAUUGAAGAACUAGAAUGAGUGUGAAAAUAUUAUUUGCAUUGCUUUCCUACAAGCUAUAUUCAUUUCCUACAAUUUCCGCUGAAAUGCAGCUACUUUUAGUUAUGAUAAGAAAAUACGACUAAAAAGCGCGUACAAGCAACAAUGUACAUUUCCGGGAACCAAUACGGAAACACUUGGGACAAUAUAAUUUUAGAAUGUAAGACAAACCAUUAACGUGUGAGAAUGAUGCUGAAGCUGUAUUUAAAACCUACUAUCAAACCGCAAAAAAAUGAAAACGGGGGAUGAGUUUGGGUCAAUUAAUGACAUAUUGCAAAGAGUGUCGCUUCAAAACUGGGACGAUUUGAGCAGCAUACAUAAUAUUUGAUUUGCGAUUUCAAGUAGUUACAACCGGUUAUUCUGUAGUAGUAUCUACAAGGUCAUUAAAAGGCAGUAGACAGAACAUAUGCUUGCAAAGGAGAUGGGCAUAGAGCGUAGAGAGUCUUAAACAAGGUGUAUCGAACCAUAGUAACCCAUUAAACAUAGCAUGGUUUGUUGAAAUGUCUAUAAAAAACAGGAAACUGUAACGUAAAGUUACUAAAGAGUAUCUAUUACUAGAAAUGUAAAUGUAUCUCUCAACUACGCUGAGAAAUGUUACACUGUAUAAGAUUAAUAAAAUCUACAUAGC